AUGGGAUUAUUUCCCAAUGUGAUUGGCUGCAUUGAUGGCACCCACAUUCCUAUCACUGCUCCUUCAGAAAAUGAAGGAGAUUAUGUGAAUAGGAAGUCCUUCCAUAGCAUCAAUGUGCAGAUCAUUUGUGAUGCAGCACACAUUAUCACAAAUGUGGAAGCCAAGUGGCCCGGGUCUGUGCAUGACUCCCGCAUAUAUAGAGAGUCUACAAUAAGCAAUAGACUGGAACGUGGAGAGAUUCAUGGCUUCCUUCUGGGUGACAGGGGUUACCCCUGCCAACGAAAUCUUAUAACCCCUUACCCAGACCCUCAACCAGGACCCCAGCAGCACUUCAAUGUGGCACACUGCAGGACGAGAGCCAGGGUAGAGAUGACUAUAGGCCUGUUGAAAGCCCGUUUCCAGUGCUUACGUCAUCUCAGAGUAACCCCUGAGAGAGCCUGUGACAUAAUUGUGGCAUGUGUUAUUCUCCAUAACAUUGCAACUAUUAGAGGAGAGCAACACCCUGCCCUACAAAUAGAAGACACUGAGGAGGACCCCAUCCAGCUCCCAGAAAAUCAGGAUGGAAGGGCAAUCAGAGAUCUGAUCUGCAACAACCAUUUUCCAUGUUAA